UAGCACGAGAACCUCCUCUAAUUGACCCCCCCUUCCUGCAGGACCUCUUCUAAUUGAUGUGUCUAAUUUGCCAUCUGUUACAUGACGUGUCCCCUACGACCCUCCCGCAUCCUCUAGGUGUCCCGUAAAUUUCCAACACAACUUGUGAAUGUGUCUAAUUUCCCACAUCUCAUGCGCCUAUAAAUUUCCUCUGCAUGAUAUCUUGCCACCCAGACCAAACGUCAAAUCAAGUUUCAAAAACCUUAGCGGUUGCAGUAGAGAAGAUCAGAGCUGCACUUCCAGUACUAGAGAAGAUCUCAUCAAGAUUAUCCGUAUUUUUUUGACAUAGUAUCAGAAUCUCUAAGUAACUAUAUUCGUAGGAACAACAAGAACAACAAGUAGAAGUCUAAGGACUUAUCAUCUAUAGAAGCCACUCAAUCAUCAUCACGUUCACGACCACGCAUCAGCAUCCAGCGUCGCCAGCCAACACCAUCACAAGCAUCACAGCCGGUCAUCGAAGUGAUCAAGGAGAACAUUUGUGAUCAGGAGAAAGAAUAAGAAGAAGGACUACGGCUUUUACCGCUUCUGGUACCACGAAAGAAGUACGCUGCAUACCACGGAAGUGGUAGUGUUGUAGUAGUCUGACAUACUCCUGUAGUGUCGUAGUAGUCUCCCCCACAAUGCACGGACUCGGCGUCGGCGGGAUGCCAGGUGGUAUGGGAGGUGGGUUUGGAGGCGGCGGCAUGAAUUACGGUUCAGUGGAUCCCAACCGAAGAGUGGAGCAUCCAGUUAAGGCUUCCCCUAAUGGUCCAUCUUCGGAGAAGUCAUCCUAGGAGAGAGUCUGAUCCAUCCUUUUGAAAGACAUCGUGAAGCAAGAGUCUCUUUUUCAAGAGGAAAAAAGACAUUUUUUCAACAACUUGGAAACAUCCUGACAACUUGCGAAUAAAACUUUCUUCAACAAGACAUCGUGGGAUGCAUCUCGAGAUGGAUUAGGGUGCGCGCUAAGCUAGGAGAUGCCUGCGCAACCGAGGAUCCGGAACUCAAACCUCUCAUAUCCGAGAUGCAAAUAAACGUGCGGCAUGGCUUUGUUAGGAAGGUAAGGAAUUUCAUUGCUGUACUAGAUUAUGGAAAUAUGGUAGUUCAUGCUCGACAAGAACGGUACUAGGCAAUCAUGGUGGAAACAAGGUUCGUUAUAUCCAUGACAGACAAGACCUGAGUACUCUCUUGCGCAAGUACUCAUUCAAUACUAGACUCAUUCUUUCAACAGAUAUUUAUUAUAUGAUUGCCAUCAUCAAUUCUCCAUCAUCAACAUCAUCAUAGGUGUUCGGCAUAAUAGCAGUGCAGCUAGCAGUGACUGCGAUGAUCGCAGCACCCUUUCUCAUCUACCAGGAUCAAAUGAGGAUGAAAAUCGCGGAAUUCUUAAGGCGUGGUUUGUUCGUAAGAAGCAUUUUUCUUCUCUUCAGAGAGGUGUAGUCUGUGUGUCAUUCUACUUUGAUGUUUUUAUCUAGUAUAUUUAUGGCCUGUCUUUCUUAUAGAGACCGUCUCUGCGGUCACCAUGAACGGUGAUAACAGGGACAACAGCAUGCAUUCUUAUAGAGACGUCUCAUCGUCUAGCUCCCUAGUUUAUAGAGACGUCCUCUCAUCGUCCUCAAUUAGUCAAGCACUUAGCACUUCGGAGUGUGAUGUAGGGGUGCUGAAGAUAGUGGAUGAAGAUAGCAGAUCACGAGAAAGAUCUUGUUCAAAAUUCUAGAGUCAAGCACUUAGAGAUCGAUAUAGUUCAAGCACUUAGCACUUUAGAGGAAAAUAGUUGCACAUAAUAAAUUGGAACAUGCUAGCACAUAGAUUGGACAUGCAAUCAGCACCCCCAUCCCUAUUUUCCUCUAAACUACGGGCCACUCUUCGUGAUGAUAUCGCUGAUGCCAGUACUGCUGAUGUGCUGGAGCUUCUGCGACCCUUCGGUGACACGCGAAUACCCAAAGAACUACAUUUUUUUGUUAUGAAAUGAUAGACUAGUAAUUCCUCGGAGCCUGAUCUCAACGCUGGUUUGGAAAAUCAGAUUGGAGAUACAUGACAUGACAUGACAACUAGGCUUUUUUUGCAAGGUCUGUGAAUGAAGAUAACUUUAUGAUGAAACUGCUGUGUAUGAAGAUAGCUUGAUGAUAAGUAGAGGGCGUACUUUCAGAUGGAAUAGAGUAAAGGGCGAACUCUUGUUACCUUUCUACAAUAGGAGAGGGCAAUAGCUCAUCAUCCUCUAAUCCCUAGUGUCUUCACCGCGUGCUUCGGGGUUAUGGUCGGCGUCGCUUGCUCACAGUUUCGAUCUGCAAGCGUUCUCAUGGUCGCCGCACUGACCGGUGCUGUCGUCUUCAGCCUGAUGCUAUUUGCAUUGCAGUUAUGGGUAUGAUAUGUAGGUAGACUCCAAACAUUCAUACGGGGUGAGUAGUUGUUGAUGAUAUGCCUGUUAUCUGAUUCAAUGCAAAAAGCAGUUCUGCAGGAAGCAGAUGAAGUCAAGCCUCUAAUAUUGACGCGGUACGACUUCACGGGUAUGGGCCCUUACCUCUUCUGCGGCGUCAUGUGCAUGUGCUUCACGGGAUUUAUUCUCAGGUAUUUGGUCCUAGCUCAGUCACGUAGACGAUCCUACUUACUUUGUCAAUCAUAAAAUGCUGUGCUGUUCGUGUCAGCAUGAUGUGAACUGACGGCUUUCGUCCAGGGUUGGUAACUGGUUGUUCUCCUUCUUCCUACUCUUUCUUGCCUAUUUUCACAUGAUACUGCCGUUAAUCCAACCUCACAACUAUAGUCAUCACAAAUCCACAAACCACCACAACCGCACACCAGCUUUAUGCCAGCGUCACGAAUGGUCGAGGUCGUGUAUGCUUUAUGAAAGGCCUUAAGUCGACUAGCAGUAUCUUUUUGUGUUGCUUACAAAAGAUCAAGCAGUAAUCUACUUACAAGAAAUCAAAAAGUAUCUGUGCGUAACUAAUGGCUUCUAGGGACACCCUCUCCGAUGCUACCGUAUCCCAUCAUUAUAUCCGAUCCUAUCCUCUAUACUACCUUCAUAACCUGGAUUAGGAGCCUUGAUGUUUUCGGUCUAUAUCGUCUACGACACGCAGAUGAUCGUGGGUGGGAAGCAUUAUAAGUGCCAAUUCUGCAUGGAUGAUUACUGCUUUGCAGCCCUUACGCUCUAUCUCGACAUCGUGCAACUCUUUCUCCAUUUACUGAGGAUAUUCGGGGAUCGGCAAUGAGAAUGAUGAAGGUGCGAUAGAAGUGCUUCGUACAAUUAAGACUUGCAGCGGGAAUCCAUAUUCAGAAGCAGCUUGGACCCCCCGCGGAAGGGGGAAACGGGUCCAAGAUGACUUUUAGGAUGGAUUCCCGGAAGGUCUAAUAUAACUGUUUCUCCAUUUACUGAGGAUAUUCGGGGAUCGGCAAUGAUGAAGGUGCGAUAGAAGUGCUUGGGGGAUGAAGUCUAGGAUAAGGAUAAGACUUCGUCGUCAUGUGAUUGCUUCUCAUUAAGAGUGUGGGGCUUUGCUCGUUGGGAACGAAUCUGACACCACACGAGGCGCACAGGUAGUUCGGGUAAUAUCGAUCCAAGAUCAAGGGACUUGCUGGUCCUUGCGCAUGACGAUUUUAAUCACAGACUAGGAGAAGGAGAAAGGAACAACAAAUUAGUUUGCUUGCAUGAUGCCUGCGAACGGAUAGACG